CAUUACGUUUGAGAUGGCAGCACAGGCGGGAGACUUUGAAGAAGAUGGCGGACCAAAAGGAUGAAGUAGACCUGAAACAUGCUAAGAAAGAGUUGAUCGUGGCGGUGCGAGAGUGCCGCGAUAGGGGCCUGGUGCAGACAGCCAAGUGGCUGACGGAACAGGCAGCUGCCCUGAAGCCGCUCGAACCCGGGGAGUUUCCCGCUUUCCCUUCAGACACACCGGACUUUUUACAGUAUGAUGCCUACAAUGUGGCGCGGUCCUACUACGAUGUACGUGAGUACGACCGUGCUUCCCACGUGUUACGCGACUGUACGAGUCAGAAAGCGUACUUCCUCUGCAUGUACGCUCGCUACAUGGGCGGGGAGAAGAGACGAGGGGACGCCAUGGCCGAUAGCCUUGGGCCACUCAAGGCGGGACAGGACCAGUGUGGCUGGCUGCGGACCCUGCGUGAGGAACUACAGCAGAAGGAGACUGAUCUAGAUGGAUACGGCCUGUACCUGUACGGUGUGGUACUGAGGAGGCUGGGACUACAACAGGAGGCCAUCACUGCCCUUCUCUCAGCUAUCAACAAAGAACCACUACACUGGGGAGCCUGGCUGGAGCUCGCUAUGCUUAUCAAUGACAAAGCUAAUCUGGUAGCCCUCUCCCUACCCAACCACUGGAUGAAACAGUUUUUCCUGGCCCACUGCUACCUGGAGCUUCAGAUGAACGAAGAUGCACUGACACAGCUGCAAGGUCUGGCCGACAAGGGCUUCUCUCUCAGCACCUGGGUUAAAGCCCAGACUGCUAAUGCCUACCACAAUAUGAGACAGGUGGAGCCUGCAGUUGAUCUGUUGAAGCAGUUGCAUGCGGAGGACCCGUACAGACUGGACAACAUGGACACCCUGUCCAACCUGCUGUACGUGAAGGAGAUGAGGGCAGAGCUUAGCCAUCUGGCACACUCCGUCUGUCAGGUGGACAAGUUCAGGGUCGAGACAUGCUGUGUCAUCGGUAAUUACUACAGCCUGCGGGGUCAGCAUGAGAAAGCAGUGUUGUACUUCCAGCGGGCGCUCAAACUGAACCCUAACUACCUGUCAGCCUGGACACUGAUGGGUCACGAGUACAUGGAGAUGAAAAACACAUCAGCAGCCAUACAGGCUUACAGACAUGCCAUUGAAGUAAACCGUCGAGACUACAGGGCCUGGUACGGACUGGGCCAAACGUACGAGAUCCUGAAAAUGCCCUUCUACUGUCUGUACUAUUACAGGCAGGCUCACCAGUUGCGACCUAACGACUCCCGGAUGUUGAUGGCGUUGGGCGAGUGUUACGAGAAACUGGACCGAAUCUUGGAGGCCAUCAAGUGUUACUGGCGCGCUUACUCCGUGGUUGACCAGGAAGGAAUGGCACUGGUUAAACUGGCCAAGUUACACGAACUCAUUAAAGAAGACCAGCAGGCCGCAGCGUUCUAUACAGCAUUUGUGCAACAGUCUGAAAUGAUGGGGACUGUGGAUGUGGAGGAGCAGUGUCAGGCUUACCGCUACCUGGCUAACCACUAUCUAAAGCACAAGGACCUGGACCAGGCCACCUUCUACGCCCGUCGCUGCUGUGACUUUGCCAGCACACGAGAGGAGGGGAAGUCGCUGCUGCAGCAGAUUUCAGGUCUCAGGUCCAGCCAGGGGGACGACAGCAGCCUGUCACAGAGCAUCGCAGAGGGGAGACCUGCCGUUACACCAGUCACCGCCACCCCCACCAGCAGUGUGCCACCUAUGAACUUAACUUUCACCUCAUAAUUUGUAAUACCAGAUCUGAAUGAAUUUUUCCAUGUUCCCCCAAAUCCCUCAAAUGUUUGUCUUUAGUACAGAAGGUGGGCCAUCAUUUCCCAAAGACAGGCUGUUUAAGUGAAUAAGUUAUGCUUAAAGAAAAGUAACGUAGUGAUAAACAUAAAAAUGUAGAUCUGAUUAUAAGUUUGCACUUAUCCUAAAAAUGUGUCCUAAUCCAAAGACCCAUAAAUAAAUUUGAGAAUACUAGUAC